AUGUCAGCCAGAAAAGGCUAUCUUCAUCCUCCGUCAAAUUAUACCACAACGAUGACAUGCCCCAACAACCAAGCUGGAAAUUCGUUUUUCGUGGACUCUUUAAUCAACGUGAGAACCGACAGCGGUUCGUAUUACCAGAGUAACGGCGUGUAUCUGCCACCGGCGUCGGAAUAUUCAUAUGGACUCUCCGGUGCGGGCUCCUGUUUCCCGGGGAUCGGUAAGCGCAACGAGCCGAGCACCCAGAGCGUGAUCCCUGCUUCUGCUCCGUAUGUUCAGGGGAUGGAAACGUGGCUGGAGCCGUCGAGAUCCUGCCGGGUGGAUCAACCCAGCGGCCAGCACAUGGCUCAGUGUUCCUUCUCCCCGACGAUAAAAGAGGAGGGCGCAUAUUGUCUUUACGAGUCUGACAAAUGUCCAAAAGGAGCGACAGUAGAGGACAUAUCCUACUCCAGCCCAUCAUGCCCGGUCACCGGCAGCACCGUGCCGGUCCCCGGCUACUUCCGCCUGUCCCAGUCAUACACGUCCUCCAGGCUUUACCAUGACGUCCAGCCAAGCAUGAAUCACUUUACCCUGCAGCGACCUGCACGCUUGGACAGCCAGUCCUCCCUGCCGCCUGCUGCGCCCGCGGAGCCCGAGCGGAGGGAGAGCCACGAGGAGGCGCCUGUCCCAGCGCCCUGCGCCCCGGCCAGAGAGGAGGACAGCCGCCUCUCCUCGGAGGGCUCAUCCUCCCCCGAGCCCGCAGAGCCGUGCAGUGCGGAGUGUCAAGAAAAGACCGUCAAAGGAGAUGCGAAAAUGGAAACUACGGCUAAUUGGCUCACAGCAAAGAGUGGCCGAAAGAAGCGCUGCCCCUACACCAAGCACCAGACUCUGGAGCUGGAGAAGGAGUUUCUCUUCAACAUGUACUUGACUCGGGAGCGUCGCCUGGAGAUCAGCCGUGGUGUGCACCUCUCCGACAGGCAAGUCAAAAUCUGGUUCCAAAACAGGAGGAUGAAGCUGAAAAAAAUGAGCCGGGAGAAUAGGAUCCGAGAGCUCUCCGGCAACUUCAGUUUCUCGUGAGACGGCGGUCUGCGUCUCUGGCGCCCUCCUGCAUCCAUGGCAAGGGCGCCUGUGCAGUUCCCCCAACACCCACCACCCAUUCAACUGUGAGAAUGUCCAUGGAGAAGAUAGGACCCUAUGCUAACUUAUUGAUUGUUGUUCUUUGGAAAUUGUUAUAUUUUCACGUCUGUUAACGUUUUUCUGUCGUGGGUAUAUGUAUUUAUAAAUGGCUACAUUUGUAACGUUGAUCCAUUGUGUUGAAAAAAAAAAAAAUGUUCAGAAUGUGACCACAAUGUUUCUGAGCUGCAGGCUUGUACAUAUUGUAUAUUCAACUUGAGUGAAUCAUUGGAAUUUGCAUGCUGGACUAGUCCCUUGGGACACUUGUGUCACAGAUACGUGUAGACCCUUUUGUGUGACAGCUGGAGAACCCAAGGGGUUGGA